CCAUAACCAAGGCAUAAACUUGGGGUCUAUGGCCGCCUCCGCGUCCAUCCCUUGCCUUCCUUCCCUAUCGAUGGAUUCCUUGGUGGCCAACUACGCUUCCUCCGACGACGACGACGGAGAGGAGCAAGGCGGAGCCGAAGGCGAGGAACAAGAUCCCGAUGUCUCCGCUUCCGCUGUAAAGUUUUUCCGAUUACCUCCUUCCAGAGCACCCUCCUCGUCUUCCGUCUUCUCUUCGUCUCUCCCUCCUCCCGGGUUGGCCUUCGUCCUGCCUCCCUCCUCUUCGUCUUCCGUCUUCUCGUCUCUACCUCCGCCCAGAUCCCUCCCUUCGGAUAUUGUACCCAGCCAUCUUGGCGAAGUAGAUGGCGAGGUGGGCACCACCCCUUCUUCUACCUCCUUCAAAGCUCCGAGAUCGGUCUUUUCGGCUCUUCCUCCUCCCAAGCUCCCGUCACCCUCUUUACGUUCUAGUUCCCUCCGUCUUGGCGAAGACGACGACCAUGAGGAAGAGAAAAGCAGGGUAUUUUCCACGGGAAAGCCUUCCUCUACCCCGUUCGCAUCUCAAAAUUUGAAAUUCUCGUCUCUUCCUCCGCCUAAGAAGUCGUUCUCUUCUUCAUUGUUUUCUACCAUUCCGCUUCCAAAGUCCGAAAAAUUGGGUCCCGAGAAGUCCAUGAAUACCUCCUCCUCUGAUCUAAACCCUAAUAGGGGUGUCCAAUUUAAACUCCCUCCUAACCCAUCUGCGCUGAACAGUGGGAAAUUUGAUGAGGAGGAGGAGGAUGUCAAAGGGAGGAGCAACGUGAAGGACUCCUCUUCUAGUGUUCCAAAGGCCUCAUCCUCGUUGUCUUUUUCAUGGCUUCCUGCCCCAAAAAAUACUUUCGGAUCAGUGCCAUCUUCGGGCUCAGCUUCGUCAAGGAGAUCCAUCGUGGACACAGAUGUCAGUGCGGACAAUUCUGGUGGUUUUGCCUCUGUGCACGAGAGUAGUUCUGUAGGGUCCGGGGACUAUCAGGCUUACAAUGGUGGUUUGAUUGCUGCACCUACUGAAAGUGCCAACGAUGAGACAGCAUAUAUGAGUAUUUCAAGUAAUGGCGCUGUUGGUUGGGAUCAAACUGGGGCGGAAGGAACAGCUUAUUCAGGAUUUGAUGAUAAUGUUGCUACUUCGUAUUGGGAUCCAAGUUAUGGAGGAGCUGCUGAAUAUGGGAGUUAUCAGGGGAAUUGGUCCGAAUCCACUGCUUCAGUUACAUCUGAUGUUCCAGACAUCGGGAAGAUUGCUGGUAAGAGAGGGAGGAAUGAGAUUCCUACGGAAAUUAUGGAGGUGAAGCAAGAUGAGUUGAUGAAAAACAGACCUAGGCAGGACCAGACUAAGCUGACUGGGAUAGCUUUCGGGCCAUCUUACCAGCCUACUUCUUCGGGCAAGGGGAAGCCCACAAAGCUGCAUAAGAGAAAGCAUCAGAUUGGGUCACUGUACUUCGACAUGAGGCAGAAGGAAAUGGAACUCGCAGAACGCCGUUCCAGGGGUCUUCUCACCAAAGCAGAAACGCAGGCCAAGUAUGGUUGGUGAUCAUUGUUCUUCCUUAGAUAUGAUCUUUAAGAAUGAAUGUUGGUUAAACGCUUGCUGCUUUUACGACAGUGUGCUGCUUUUAUGCAAACAUGUUUGAAAAAACAAAAGUAUUUUAGUUCA